GUCUUUUGUGUAUCUUGCUGAAGGAAACAGCUCAAUUGGUUCACGAGUGAAGGAAGGUUUUCGCUGAAGAUUAGGAUGGAUGAUUUUCUUUAAAAAAAAACAUUAAUGCGGCCGGAGCACAAGAAUGCUGCCAGUUGAGGCUGUCUAAGCCAAGAGACCCAGGGAACAAUUGUACAGAAGGGAUGCCCAUUGUUUGAGCCAAUGAUCAUAUCAGCCAAAGGAGCAGCUACAUCCUAUCAAGAACCUGAGAUGAGAUUAGCAUGAAUUUCCCUUGGCUAUUUCCCUAGUGUCUGCUUUGAAAUUGGUUCUGGUUGAUUGUGAUCCUUCAACACAGACAACGCCGUGGAGCCCAGAGCUAAAAUCAGGAGCAACAUGAAGGACAAAGACUUCAUUGGCCAUAUGGAGAGGGGGAAGCCUGCUACUUAUACAGGGGACAAGAAGGCAAAAAUGGCAGCCAAAACCAACCAGAAAUGGGUAAGACUGGCCACUGUUUUUGCUUACGUGCUGUCAGUAUCCUUGGCUGCUAUAAUCCUAGCCAUUUAUUACAGCCUCAUAUGGAAACCAGUACGAUCCGGCGGAGAUGUGGGAAAUGGCCAGGAGGUAUCAACUUUUUCCAGUAAUAGCACAACUGUUGUAUUUGAUGAAACACCUCUCGUCAUCAAUGCAAGUGAGGAUUCAGUGAAACAGUCAUCAGUGCGAGAUGAGAUCAUUGCUGGUGAUGUGCUAGCGGAACACUUGGAACCCUUUGGGACCACAGCACCAACAUUAAAUCAUCAACAUGUCACAGGGUACAGGCUGCUCGAUGAAGGCACCUUUUCAUCACCAAACGAACCUUUGGGUAUAAAUAGCCAUUUUAUUGGAAAUGACGAUAUUGCAACUCAGCCAUCCCCCAGCCUCAAUACUCAUGUGGAAAUAGAGGCCAUAAACCCAGACGCAAUACACAUUAAAGCAGAGAGCAGCACAGUGUCUGCAGAGACCUUUCCUGACACACAUUCUACCCCUGCAGGAGCAGACAUUUCAGAAAUCCCUACAGAUCCUUUUAUUCAGCUCGACCAAGACCCAGCAGGGUAUGCAUCAGGGCAGGACAUCACAGAAAGCUUGCAUUACUCAGUAUCUCCUACACAUAUGAGCAAGGAAUCAAGUGGAAGCGAAGGUCUGGAGUCAUUAAUGCAUCAGGCCAGUGAAGCUACAAAAAGCCAUAGCCCCCAAGGCUCGCCAGAUACUACGUCAGCCUAUUCAGGACACACCACUGCCGCAGGAGGCUUAUAGGAGUCAUUGAUAAUGAUUCUUCAGGGAACAUACAAAGCCUUCUUGCUUCAGUAAUGAAAAAUAGAGACCACUGGUGUUUCUAAUGUUAUUUAUAAAAUACAUUCCUCUUCCCCUACUCCUCUGUUUGCUGCCAAAAUGUUUAUCUAAAUGGUAUAGAACAAAUAUUUUUGUUAUCAAAUGUUUUGUCUUUUUAGAAAUAAUGCAGUGUUCUACCAGACUUUCCCAUAGGGCCCGGCGGCCCUCUACAGAUUCCUUUAUUUUUCUCAUUACUAAGCUGGUCUGAUUCGGACUGAAUGGAAAUGUGGUCUCUAGAUUCUAUUUAAAGGGGAGUAAACCUGGAGGGUGCUCAGGUAUGUCCGGGGUACAAUCUACACUCACCAAAAUCAUUCAUGAAAAGGGCUAUUGUGACAAAUGCCAUGCUUGAGCUUUCAGCCUGGUUAGCGAUUAAACUAUUUCUACUUCCUAUAACCGUUAUUGUUUGUAUCUGUGUAUAGUUUGCACAAUUAUUUGCAGUUGCACCUGAAAGUAGAUUGACUCAUUUAUCAUUUCCAGCCAAUGAUGAAAAUGCAUAUUUUCCCUAGUUUAGUUGGAUGCCAUAAAGGAGCAUUGCCAUUUGGAAUGACUUCAGUGGUAAAAAAAAAAAAAAGAAUAUGGGUCUUGUGAAUUUCACAAGAUAGGUGCAAAUUAGUAAGGCCCAGUGACACUCCAAAGGGGUCUAUACUGCUCAUUGUGUGUUGAUACUUUUAAGCACAUCAAUAGACUUUUUAUACGUAUUCACAAUAUAGCAUGUUAUAUUAAUAUAAGUUUGUUACUUUUGGGGACUCCCUAUGAGUCGGCUCUGACCAAUAGCAUCUUGCUUUCAGCAGAGCCUUAACCCUGUAAGUGCUGAGUGCCAGCAGUAUUACUCCUCCUUACGGGAUCAGUGGAAGUUUCAGGGUUAAGUUAUUUGUUCUGCUGAAGGCCGGCUUCUGUCAGUGAGUGAGUCUGGCUGCCGCCUCCUGGCACGUACACAGGGAUGUAUGUCUCACAGCAAGGAGGCCGUGCAUAUUGUAAAGUUCUCAUCAUCGAGACCCCUGUAUGUAAUAAACAUGUAUAAAAUAAACACAAAUCAUAUAUUAAAAUGCAUUUAAUUAUACACACACAAUCGGCAUAAUAAGGCUUCAUUUACUUCAGCUCACUGCAAACCACCAAUGGUUUCAAGAGACAGGGUAGGUCGACCAGAGCUGGAGGGAAUUAGAUUGGACACCAACUAGUAAAGAAAAUGUAAACAUUUCACAAAUAAUUUAUUUGUAAUUUUAUCAGGGUCAAAGGUCAAAUGCCCUCUGUCCUUCCGCAAGCAGCGUUGGGCUGGGAUGUUUUGUGCCCACCCAGGGCUGUCACCCAAGGGCUCACCACCCUAGCCAUGGAGGCCCAACACCUCCUGUUGCUAACCCUACCCUAUAACUCCUGCUGGUGAUUAUUCAUUUGUCCCGCUGGCCCAGUCCGACCCAGACUGCAAACCUGUUAAUGAAUAUUGCACUGAAGGUGCCACACAAGAUCAUUUGUGGAUGGUCAUUAUUUUAAUGUUUUAGAGGUUUUGAAUUCUUUUUUGUUCUACAUAUCUAAAGCUUAGCAGUCACCCUGAUGGCUGGUUGUUGGGCUGACUGAACCUAGCAAUAAGGCAUUUUUUUCAUUUUCAAAAGGUAGGGUAAUCAAGCCACUACAUAAGCAAAUUAAUACAGCCACAAGGGUGGGCUGUGCCAUCACUGGGGCGGGGACUGGGAGCAACAUCAAUCGAUAAUUGGCCAAUCGUUGCAUCAAUCUUCAAGAAUCCUGCCCAGUUUUCCAAAUUGGGAAAACCCGGGAGGUAGUUUUGACCUGGACAGCCCUACCGAAAACCAGGCUCUCCAGGUCAAAACCGGACAGGUGGCAACCCUAUGUGAUACCAUCAUGGCUAAACCGGCCCAUGCAUUUUAUAGUGUGAGCAUUUAGGCAAGGAAAGGUCACCAAACAAGUUGAUCUUUUGUCAGUUUGCUUGGUGUACUGUAUCUGUAUCUGAUAGAUGCAGUUUUCAGCCAGGGACCCUCCUGCCACGAGGCCUGCCAUAGGGCCCCAAGAUUUUUGGGGCUUCUGCAAUGAUGGGGAGACAGUAUGUUCCUGUGUAUUGGCAAAAGGACUUUUGUGAACUCCACUAUGUUUCUUAAAGCAGUUGAGUACACAGGGAGGGGAAGGUAGGUAAAGAAAUUUAGUUUGGACAGCCAUACUUAACUAAAUAUGGAAAAAAAACAAAGGAUAUAUAACCUAUAAAUAGUGAUUGGAGACAUCAAGGGACCACACUACCUAAAUGUACUCCAGUCACUAGAAGAUUUAUACCUGAUAAAUAUUGAUAUUUUUGCAGACCUCAGAAUUAGUUUUUUUUUUUGUUUUUUUUUUGUUUUUUUUUUAAAUAUGACUUUGUUAGGAAAAAAAAUGUGAACAAUAAAAACUCAGAAAUAUUUUGAUUUGUA